CAAAAAUAGAUCUCGAAGACUAUAUUACAUAAGCCUUCAAGUUCUUCAAAUUAAGGUGGCUGCUAAGUGCUAUGAUCAUUUCUUGAACAUGAUGAUAUCAUGUAUUUAACUAAUCCAUCAAGAGAUCUUAUUCCCUCGUCUCUCAACAUAAGCCCUAGUCGUUUAGUUUAACGUUUGCCUGUUUUUAAAAAAACUGUCCUCCAUGUCUGGAGAUGAUGCAUGGGAGCUGGCCCUACAGCUGCAGGAGCUGGAGAUCGAGGCUGCCAGCAACUAUGAGGUUGCUAGGCAACUCCAGCUCCAGUACCAGGAGCUGUCCUUAGAGCACAGCGCAGCCCUGGCCAUGUGUCUGCAGCAGCAGGAGACAGCUGCCGCAAACUCGGAGCUGAUCGCUAGACAGCUCCAGCAACAGGAAGACGAGUUGGCGUCUGCUAGCAGUCUGGAGGUCGCCAGGCAAGUCCAGCUACAGCUGCAGGAGGAGCUGGCGUCUGCUAGCAGUCUGGAGGUCGCCAGGCAAGUCCAGCUACAGCUGCAGGAGGGCGAGCUGGCGUCUGCUAGCAGUCUGGAGGUCGCCAGGCAAGUCCAGCAGCAGGAGGAAAUUUCCCUGACCUUGGCGAGAGAACUGCAGCGGCAGCUUGCUGAGGACGGCAGCUUCGAGCUGGCGUUUGAACUACAGCAGCAAGAGUACGCACAAGAGAACAGACCACGUGGUGCCCGGCCUGGAUCACGUGACCCACAUCCGUCUAUGUCACGACAAGCGCCACGUCCGCCCAGAGACAGAAGACACGGUGGUCCCCAACAUCAAGGGUCACAUCCGGUCAUGGUCGUACCUUUUAAUCCGUGCUGGGAGUUCGAUUUGCCAGUACCACUACCAGGAGGGAUGGUGGAUGACGAAGAAGACGAUAAUCCUUUUGUGCAGUUUCAGCUAAAUGGCAACAACAACACUUUGUCGGCUGCGGAAUCUUAUGAGUCAUUGCUGAAUCUGGCUGAUCAUGUUGGUGUCGUGAGCACGGGGCUAAGUCAAAACGACAUCAACAAGUUGCAGACGUCGCGUUUUCCCGCCAACCGCGGCCCAUCUCAGCAGACGUGCAACAUUUGUUUAUCAGAGUUCGUGCGAGGGGAAGUAAUGCGGAAUCUGCCUUGCAAGCAUCAGUUUCAUCAAGCUUGUAUUGACAAAUGGUUGCAAUGUAACGCAUCGUGCCCUGUGUGUAGGUCUGACGUUAAGGUCAACUCUACACUACGGUAAUCUGUGUUGGCAUUAUUUUAAAGUUACAAAAAAAAAAGAAAACUUUUAUAUGGGGUGUUGAGGAUUUAAAAUUCAGUGGAAAUUUAGAAUGUUUAAAAUGAAAUACCUGAUGAAAAAUUUAAACUAUUAAAUGUUUUGAUUAAA